AUGGGUACUCCCCCUCGCGUUGACCCCACUGAUCCAGACUACGAGCCGAAUCUGGCGGUUGACGAUGGUUCCGACACCGAAGUUGCUCAAUCUUCAAAGUCUGGCCUUUGGGGGAAAAAAGGUUCAGAAGAUGCUCCAGAAUCGCCGGAGAACAAUGACAUUUUCUCGGCGAAUACGAAUGCCUUCAGCUUCUUGACCAACGAAAUGAGGGAGCAGUUGGGAAUGCUAGUGAAGAGCUUGCCAAAGAGGAAUCGAGAAGGUAUGGAUAUUGUUUUAGAUAAUUUUUGAUGCUUUUAAGGGAAUUUCAUGGAGAAAAUAAUGUUUAUUAUGAAGAAAAGGACUCGAUUUAGGAGGGGCAGGCUUUUUUGUACGGCUGGUACCUAAAAUUUAAAAAAAAAUUUGCAAAAAAUAGAAAUUUUGUGACUAAAAUAAGGUAAAGGGCUAUAAGAUCGAUAAAAAGGCAAGUAUGGUUGUAAAAUAUGUAAUCGAUACGCAGUCGAUGCCCUUUUCUUCAUGUUUUGACAUAAUAAUUGAGUAAUUCAUCCGUUUUCAUCAGUUUUUGAUCAAAUUUGAUCAGGUGCAAAGUGUAAUAUACAAAAUCUCUCAAGACGUCCCCGAAACUUCCUAAAAUCAAACGUCUUGCAGAUGACGACGAAGUGAAUCCAUCACCGAACAAACGAACCCGUCGAACGGUCCCAUUGGCCACCAAAAUGGAAAUCAUUGAGGCCGCCAAGAAGAAGACCUUUGUUGCUGUUGGAAAAGACUUUGAUCUCGCCGAAUCGACCGUCAGAAUGAUCGUCAAAGAGAAGGACAAGUAUAUUGCGGCUAAUGCCAUGUAUCAGUGCAGUAAAAGGAUCCGAUUGACCAAUGCAAAGUGCACCCAGUUGGAUAAAGCUCUGCGGAUUUGGGUAGAUGGGAUCAGAAAGGAGCAACCCGACUACCAUUUUGACAACAAAUCAUUGCAGGUGAGUCUAAAGACCAUUAGCUAGCUAGGAAUUUACAUUUGAUUAAAAAGAACGCCAAUUUUUUGAUCUGAUUAUAUUAUCCAUGGCAGAGUAAAAAGUCCCGUAAGAACUAAAAAUUUCUAAAGUUUUCUAAAUUUCAGGACAAAGCAAGAGAAAUGGCAUCAAUCCUCGGCCUCAAGGACUUCAAAGCCAGCCAGGGAUGGCUUUGCAAGUUCAAAAUCCGCCAUGGAAUUGCCCAAGAGCCCAAGGAAACCCCCGAAAAGAAGAUGGGCUGGCCCGCGAACCUUUCGCAACUUAUAAAAUAUGAUGAAGAACGCCCCCAGAGCAGCUCAAGCAAUCAUGAAACAAAUGAAGACGGGGCCUUUAACGACUUAUUACAGCAAAUUUUGGGAAAUAGCUCCAAUAAUUCUAAUAGCCAGGUAAAUUUUCGAUUUUUUUGAUGAUUCCCUAGACUUUUUUGGAGAUGUCUUGAUACCAUUAGCAAGCUGAACCGUCGGGCUUUCUAACACGAUUUAAAUUUCAUAGUGCGGCGUUAGCUUUGCAUAUUUUGUAUCGAUUUUCAAGUGUAAUAUACUUUUAGACAAAUUUAUGAAAAUCUCAAAAUUCCACCGGAAUUUCGCCGUAGAUUAUGGAAAAACUGGGUGGCUAUGUAGUUUAGAGAGCAUCGAUCAUAAUCGACUUUAAAACGGACUAAAAUAAAACUGUUUCUCUAACGAAAAGACCAAACAAAUCGGGACACGUCGCCUUCCCGUUCAUUCCACCCAGGAAUCAUUAUUUCUUGUUUAAUCUUGCAAUUAUUUCUCUCGAUAUACUCGUGGCAUAGUUUAUAAUGAAACUGGGUAUCUUUUGCUCAAAAUUGACCUGAUUUUAGACAAAUUUGACCUUUUUUAGGCAAAUUUGACCUUAUUUGACCUUAAAGGCUUUCUUUUGCUGUUUUGAUAGAAAAUCCGACCGGAAAUGAUUGCAUCUGGUGGUGAAAAAAGCAGGCAUAGUCUAUAAUCUAUUUUAUUGCGCUCCCAUAUCAAAAAAUCCGCUUCUCGCCGUAUUUCGCGAUAUGAUCUAUAACAAGAUUAGUCCAGCUAAAAAUAUAGACGGAAAUGCGUCGGAUGGCUUAUAAAUUUGUCGCUGUUGCUGUAGGAAUGUCGUUUUAUACUCCAUCGGCUGCCUAAAUACGAUUUUUUCUUGGUUUGCCGGGAAUUUUGUCUCCGCAAGCUGCGCCCACACCUGCAGGCUGCGUGGGGACAUUUUAUACGAUCUAACGUCUUUUGCUGGAAUUUUAUUUUUUUUUUGACGGCGGAAUUGGUUUUGAUGACUCCUUUUCGAAAUUUGGUCGUAGACUUUGAUCAUUUGAACUGUUUUGACACUUUUUCACCGCUUUCUUACUGAUAGUCAGAUGUUUAUAUAAAAUUUUUGUUUUCAGAUGUACAAACUGACUGAUGAAGAGUCGAUCACCUUGGCCGCUCGAGCAGCAAACGCUAUGAAGAAUGCCUACUGUCCGUAUAGUAAAUUUCAAGUGGGAUCUGCGCUUUUAGGAGAAGAUGGAGAAGUUUAUGAAGGAGGUGAGGAUUUUUGAUCUUUCGAUGUAAUUUUAGGUGAUAAUCUGGGAGGAAUCGUAUUUGAGAAAGAACUGAACAAUUUUUUGGAUUUUCUCAUUGAAAUUUUUAUGCGCUUCUUGUGAUUUUGGGGUUUUUUGAUGGUUUAUAUUAUUUUGGGUACCUAAAUUAAUUUGUUGCGUAUUUCUAGGGGUUCUUUUGUGAAAAUAGGGGCGUUGUGACAUAGAGGUUGUAGUAGUAUCAAAAUUUGUACAAUGAAAGGCAAUUUAUAGAUCUUUCUCCGAUUUUUUGAUUUGCUGGUCAAGUAUAAUAUAAAAAUUUUCAGUUAAUGUCGAAAGUGCCUCAUACCCGGUUGGAACGUGCGCCGAACGAGUUGCUAUUGGAAAUGCGGUCACGAAAGGAGUCAGAAAAUUUAAGGGAAUUGCAGUAGCCACCAGAGUUCCCGACGGCGGAUCACCAUGUGGAAUGUGCCGUCAGAUGUUGUUCGAAUUCGGCGAAUAUGAGGUAAUUUUACUAUCCAUGUCUUUAUUGCCUAUUGAUUAUCAUUUUAGGUCCUGUUGUGCAACCCGGAAGCGAAAAUUAUCGUCCGAACCUCUACCACCGAACUGUUGCCUCGAGGCUUUGGACCUCAUCAUCUGAAGACUCAAUAA